AACAGAAGUUCCAACUGAUGGUGUGUCAACACAAGCUCCAACUGAUGCUGCUGAAUCUACACAACGUCCAACUGAUGUUGCUGAAUCAACACAAGCUCCAACUGAUGCUGCUCUAUAUUACGUCAACGUAAAAAUUGUGAACAACUAUGGUUAUAAUGUUGAUGUACGCAGUAACACAGGUGUCAUUCAGGAUGUUAUGGUGCUUGCUGGUACCGUGCGUGAAAUUGAGGAGACAACGAACUUCGCCGAAUAUUUCGUUAUACGCAUUUAUGAUAGCCGUGAUGGAAUUCCAAUUCUGAUUGAUGGUGAAAGCUAUGUAAGAGUUACUCCCAAGUCCUCACCACAGUAUCAGUACAAUAUUGUGGUUGAACCUGGUAAGUUAUGAGUGAUGAUACAAUUCCCACAUUGUUUACAAGCUUUAAGCCUGUUUUAAUUAUGCAUAUUGGAGAAAGCACUUGUUAUCCAGCACAUCUUUACCCAGCUGCACAAUCUCUACGGUCUACUUUGCUUUCGCUCAUUAAAUAUUAUCCUACGAUGUAGUUUAUGGAAAUAUUGUUGUGUAGUUCAUUUUGGCCAAUGCUUCUUGACAUUCAUUUUUCCCAUUUUCUGGAUGAAGUUUGAGACAUAUGUGAGCAACAAUUAGUUCCUCAUAUCCUUGUAAUUCAUUCUAUUUGAUUAGGUGAAAUAAAAUUCUAUGUGGUGUUCUUGCUUCUCAAUAACUAUGAUGGUGAUGUUGUUGUUUCAACUGGUCUUCCUGGAACAUCGGGUGAGAUUACAAUGAAGCCAGGUGAAACGGUAGCAGUGAGUGAACAACCAAACAAUAACAACCCUAUCUCAGUGACAGCUGCAGUGGCCAAAGGAACCACUGGAAAAGUCAACAUCAAUGGACAAAGCAGUGUUUCUAUCACACCUGCUGAAAUAUUUGGUGCUUCAUUCCAAGUUCUGUUUAUAUAUCGUGAAGACCCGAGUAAGUAAUUUUUUUUCUCUACUUGUUCUACUGAUUACCAUGCCGAAUAUUAUUUAUAGCGGACUUAUUUGUCAUCAGAAAGGGAUUUUGUAUAUUCCGGUUUGAAUUUUAAUGCUUGUAAAAAUGGGUACUGAAAUUUUUCUCUUUUCAUUUUAUUCAUGGUAAUUUGGAUUAAAAAUGCGAGUGAAGUAUUUCUACGUUUCUUUCGCUACAGAAAUAAUUUCUUAAUUUGCUCUUUAUCUUUUCCAGUUCCAACACCAGCUCCAGGAGAACCAGUGUAUUACGUCACCUUCAUUAUCACUAACACCUACGGUAAAGAUGUCUACUUGAGAACUAGUCUCCCAUCACCAUAUAACACAAUCAUUAUUAUAAAUGGUAAAACGGUCAGAAUGUCAAUCAAAGUUCUAACACAACAAGACGUUACAUUUGAAGCCUUCGUCAGGGAAACGGAAGAAAAUAUUACAAUAAAUGGUCAAGACAUGUUCACGAUCACACCACGAGACAGUCCAGGCGAACCGAUUGUGUUGAACCUUCCUGAAUUAAUAGGUAUGUGUGUGGUUGUUUUAAUAUCCUUUAUUAGUAGUGAAACCUUCGCCGAUGGUUGACAUUUUGAGCAUUAUUGCAAAUUAUGUGAAAUGCCACAAACUAUAUCAAAAUUCAAUAUUCAGAUUGUAUACUUACACGUCUGGUUGAUACAGUGGAGAACUUAUCCAAGCAACGUUGUUUAGAAACGAAUGUCGGGCGUACAUAAUGUUCAGAUUUAAUUAUCGCUUCAGCAGUUCUCACUUGAAGUGGAUAACUGUAGUCAAUUAAAUUUCACGUUUCUGGUUUCAAACAAGAACCCCUGUCGCUAUUUAUAACGGUUCACUUGACUUGUAUCCAGGGUUCGUGACUUACAAAGCAUUAGGUCUCUACUGACCUAUGAGGUGCCAUGCAUCCUUUGAUAAUAUGUAAGCACCGACAGUGGUAUCUUCAUAUCCAGUUGUCUCGUUACAGCAGCCCCUCCAGUUGGUAUCGUAACAACCCAAGGUCCAGUUAUUCCUGCUACCACACAAGGUCCAACUGAUGCUCCUGUGUCAACAAAACCUCCAACUGAUGCUGCUGAAUCAACAAAAGCUCCAACUGAUGCUGCUGUAUCGACAGAAGGUCCAACUGAUGCUGUUGUCUCAACAGAAGCUCCAACUGAUGUUGCUGUGUCAACAAAAGCUCCUACUGAUGCCGCUAUAUCGACAGAACGUCCAACUGAUGCUGUUGUCUCAACAGAAGCUCCAACUGAUGUUGCUGUGUCAACAAAAGCUCCAACUGAUGCCGCUAUAUCGACAGAAGGUCCAACUGAUGCUGUUGUCUCAACAGAAGCUCCAACUGAUGCUGCUGUGUCAACAAAAGCUCCAACUGAUGAUGCUGCUGUAUCAACAGAAGCUCUAACUGAUGCUGUUGUGUCAACAAAAGGUCCAACUGAUGCUGUUGUCUCCACAGAAGCUUCCACUGAUGCUGCUGUAUCGACAGAAGGUCCAACUGAUGCUGUUGUCUCAACAGAAGGUCCAACUGAUGGUGUGUCAACGAAAGCUCCAACUGAUGCUGCUGUAUCGACAGAAGGUCCAACUGAUGCUAUUGUCUCAACAGAAGGUCCAACCGAUGAUAUAUCAACAGAAGCUCUAACUGAUGCUGCUAUGUCAACAAAAGCUCCAACUGAUGCUGCUGUAUCAACAGAAGCUCCAACUGAUGCUGCUGUGUCAACAAAAGGUCCAACUGAUGAUGGGUUGACACAAGCUCCAACUGAUGCUGUAACAACAAAAUCGCCGUCAGUUCACACUGGAACUGGUAAGAUUGUUAUGGCUUUACUGUACUUAAUUGCGUUUCAUUUAGAUUUGUGCUUAGACACUGCUCAUCGGGGAAGCCAAAAUAGAAAAGAAAAUGCAGCAAUGGUUCUUAAUCUAUAAUCACCGUCCGGGGGGGGAUCUCCUAUAAUACAAGGUUUUGAAGCGAGUAUUGGAUUUUGCUUGCUUUAUAUCAAUAAAAAUUUAGAAAAGUGCAUUUCAUUGGAUGGCAUAGAACUUUACCCCAACAAUGAGCUUGACAUCUUUGUUGCUCUUUGUUAAACAUUAAAAUAAGGGACCCAGAAAAAAACAAUGAGAAUUCAAAGAAAGACGGCGCGGGGUUUACACCCAGAAAUACUGUAUCUAUGUUCUUUCAGGAUCGGCCACGUUAGGAUUGUCUCUUACUUGCUUUCUUAAUUUCAGGGCCUGUUGUCGGAACUGAUGUCGGUGCUGGCGAAGCAUCAACAGUGCCUACUCAAGGUUAGCCCGUUUAGUUGAAUAUGGGAGAAUGCUUUUGUAAUUUAAAUGCUUGGGCCGAAACCAUUAUGAUCUACUGGCUGCUAUAUCAUAUGACGAACACCAUUUUAUGUGGGGGUUUUUUUCAUCGUUUUAUAGAAGCAACUGAUGUUGUGUCAACAGAAGCUCGAACUGCUCCUAGGUCAACAGAAGCUCCAACUGAUGCCGCUGUAUCGUCACAAGCCCCAACUGAUGCUGCUGAAUCAACACAAGCUCCAACUGAUGCUGCUGUAUCAACACAAGCUCCAACUGAUGCUGCUGUAUCCACAGAAGGUCCAACUGAUGGUGUUGUCUCAACAGAAGUUCCAACUGAUGGUGUGUCAACACAAGCUCCAACUGAUGUUGCUGUGUCAACAAAAGCUCCAACUGAUGCUACUGUAUCGACAGAAGGUCCAACUGAUGCUGUUGUCCCAACAGAAGGUCCAACUGAUGGUGUGUCAACAAAAGCGCCAACUGAUGCUGCUGUAUCCACAGAAGGUCCAACUGAUGGUGUUGUCUCAACAGAAGUUCCAACUGAUGGUGUGUCAACACAAGCUCCAACUGAUGCUGCUGAAUCUACACAACGUCCAACUGAUGUUGCUGAAUCAACACAAGCUCCAACUGAUGCUGCUCUAUAUUACGUCAACGUAAAAAUUGUGAACAACUAUGGUUAUAAUGUUGAUGUACGCAGUAACACAGGUGUCAUUCAGGAUGUUAUGGUGCUUGCUGGUGCCGUGCGUGAAAUUGAGGAGACAACGAACUCCGCCGAAUAUUUCGUUAUACGCAUUUAUGAUAGCCGUGAUGGAAUUCCAAUUCUGAUUGAUGGUGAAAGCUAUGUAAGAGUUACUCCCAAGUCCUCACCACAGUAUCAGUACAAUAUUGUGGUUGAACCUGGUAAGUUAUGAGUGAUGAUACAAUUCCCACAUUGUUUACAAGCUUUAAGCCUGUUUUAAUUAUGCAUAUUGGAGAAAGCACUUGUUAUCCAGCACAUCUUUACCCAGCUGCACAAUCUCUACGGUCUACUUUGCUUUCGCUCAUUAAAUAUUAUCCUACGAUGUAGUUUAUGGAAAUAUUGUUGUGUAGUUCAUUUUGGCCAAUGCUUCUUGACAUUCAUUUUUCCCAUUUUCUGGAUGAAGUUUGAGACAUAUGUGAGCAACAAUUAGUUCCUCAUAUCCUUGUAAUUCAUUCUAUUUGAUUAGGUGAAAUAAAAUUCUAUGUGGUGUUCUUGCUUGUCAAUAACUAUGAUGGUGAUGUUGUUGUUUCAACUGGUCUUCCUGGAACAUCGGGUGAGAUUACAAUGAAGCCAGGUGAAACGGUAGCAGUGAGUGAACAACCAAACAAUAACAACCCUAUCUCAGUGACAGCUGCAGUGGCCAAAGGAACCACUGGAAAAGUCAACAUCAAUCGACAAAGCAGUGUUUCUAUCACACCUGCUGAAAUAUUUGGUGCUUCAUUCCAAGUUCUGUUUAUAUAUCGUGAAGACCCGAGUAAGUAAUUUUUUUUCUCUACUUGUUCUACUGAUUACAAUGCCGAAUAUUUUUUAUAGCGGACUUAUUUGUCAUCAGAAAGAGAUUUUGUAUAUUCCGGUUUGAAUUUUAAUGCUUGUAAAAAUGGGUACUGAAAUUUUUCUCUUUUCAUUUUAUUCAUGGUAAUUUGGAUUAAAAAUGCGAGUGAAGUAUUUCUACGUUUCUUUCGCUACAGAAAUAAUUUCUUAAUUUGCUCUUUAUCUUUUCCAGUUCCAACACCAGCUCCAGGAGAACCAGUGUAUUACGUCACCUUCAUUAUCACUAACACCUACGGUAAAGAUGUGUACUUGAGAACUAGUCUCCCAUCGCCAUAUAACACAAUCAUUAUUAUAAAUUGUAAAACGGUCAGAAUGUCAAUCAAAGUUCUAACACAACAAGACGUUACAUUUGAAGCCUUCGUCAGGGAAACGGAAGAAAAGAUUACAAUAAAUGGUCAAGACAUGUUCACGAUCACACCACGAGACAGUCCAGGCGAACCGAUUGUGUUGAACCUUCCUGAAUUAAUAGGUAUGUGUGUGGUUGUUUUAAUAUCCUUUAUUAGUAGUGAAACCUUCGCCGAUGGUUGACGUUUUGAGCAUUAUUGCAAAUUAUGUGAAAUGCCACAAACUAUAUCAAAAUUCAAUAUUCAGAUUGUAUACGUACACUUCUGGUUGAUACAGUGGAGAACUUAUCCAAGCAACGUUGUUUAGAAACGAAUGUCGGGCGUACAUAAUGUUCGGAUUUAAUUAUCGCUUCAGCAGUUCUCACUUGAAGUGGAUAACUGUAGUCAAUUAAAUUUCACGUUUCUGGUUUCAAACAAGAACCCUGGCGCUAUUUAUAACGGUUCACUUGACUUGUAUCCAGGGUUCGUGACUUACAAAGCAUUAGGUCUCUGCUGACCUAUGAGGUGCCAUGCAUCCUUUGAUAAUAUGUAAGCACCGACAGUUGUAUCUUCAUAUCCAUUUGUCUCGUUACAGCAGCCCCUCCAGUUGGUAUCGUAACAACCCAAGGUCCAGUUAUUCCUGCUACCACACAAGGCCCAACUGAUGCUGCUGAAUCAACAAAAGCUCCAACUGAUGCUGCUCUAUCGACAGAAGGUCCAACUGAUGCUGUUGUCUCGACAGAAGGUCCAACUGAUGGUGUGUCAACAAAAGCUCCAACUGAUGCUGCUUUGUCAACAAAAGGUCCAACUGAUGCUGCUGUAUCGACAGAAGGUCCAACUGAUGCUGUUGUUUCAACGGAAACUCCAACUGAUGCUGCUGUGUCAACAAGAGGUCCAACUGAUGCUGCUGUAUUAACAGAAGGUCCAACUGAUGCUGUUGUCUCAACAGAAGCUCCAACUGAUGUUGCUGUGUCAACAAAAGCUCCAACUGAUGCUGCUAUAUCGACAGAAGGUCCAACUGAUGCUGCUGUGUCAACAAAAGCUCCAACUGAUGAUGCUGCUGUAUCAACAGAAGCUCCAACUGAUGCUGCUAUAUCGACAGAAGGUCCAACUGAUGCUGCUGUGUCAACAAAAGGUCCAACUGUUGCUGUUGUCUCAACAGAAGCUUCAACUGAUGGUGCUGUAUCGACAGAAGGUCCAACUGAUGCUGUUGUCUCAACAGAAGGUCCAACUGAUGGUGUGUCAACAAAAGCUCCAACUGAUGCUGCUGGAUCGACAGAAGGUCCAACUGAUGCUGCUGUCUCAACACAAGCUUCAACUGAUGGUGCUGAAUCAACACAAGCUCCAACUGAUGCUGCUGAAUCAACACAAGCUUCAACUGAUGCUGCUGAAUCAACACAAGCUCCAACUGAUGCUGCUGAAUCAACACAAGCUUCAACUGACGGUGCUGAAUCAACACAAGCUCCAACUGAUGCUGCUGAAUCAACACCAGCUGCAACUGAUGCUGCUGAAACAACACAAGCUCCAACUGAUGCUGCUGUCUCGACACAAGCUGCAACUGAUGCUGCUGAAACAACACAAUCUCCAACUGAUGCUGCUGUGUCAACAGAAGGUGUUGCAACCACAACUCCCUCUCCGCCUGUUGAAAUAUCAACACCCGUGACAACAGGUUUGCAAAUUUGAAAUUUGUUUUUAGUAACAGUCGACUUGCGGAUGUGCUGUUUCUGGCGCUCUUUACGUACUUUUCUAAUAAACUGUGGUCGCUGUUUAUAUAGUAUGUUUAAAACAUAAUUUAUUUCCAACAAAAAUAUCCUGUUUAGUCGAGUUUGAAGCAAUUAAUAAAAGUGCAGGAGGUAUUUCUAGUCUUUCUAACAUCCUACAGUACUUUUCCCUACUUUCCUUCUGCUUUCCUACAUUCAAUCUCGGUACUGCAUGCUUCAUGUACUAUUAUUACGUUUGUUACUUUCUUAUAUCUGUAAUUAGGAAACUUUGUGAUAUAAUCAAGGUAAAGAAAUGUUAUUCCCGGAUUAUUCUUCUGUUAAGUUACUCCAUACUCAAAUAAGCCUGAAUAAUCCCCGCGGAUGUGCCUGAAAUAAUUGAGCAGCAUUACGGGUUUGUAUACAUACGAUAUUUAAUAUCAAAACCUCCAUAUCCAACGUCUUCCAUCAAGAAUUUUCUCAAUGAACUUGCCUUUCUCGUUGUGUUUUAGAACCUGUUGCUUUCUACAUCCCAAUAAUGGUAGUCAACAGAUAUCCUGGGCCAGGAGCUAUUCGAUUGAAGACGAAUGUUCCGCCUCCGAAUAGCUUUUUCAAGGUUGAACCUGGAUCAUCUCUGAUGAAGAUCAUUGGUCUGACAUCAGGUCGUCCAGUCUCGUUCAGUGCUUUCAGUAUAUUGGAUAACAAGAAACUUCUGGUUAAUGACAUCCCAGUACUUGUGAUCACACCGUACCAAGACUCCGAGAAACCGUACAUCAUACUUUAUGUUACAGACCCCGAAGGUUUGUAAAAACGAUUCAGUGAAGAAACAUCAGCAUAAUAAUUUGAGGCCUGUGUAGCUCAGUUGGUUAGAGCGGGGUCGCAGGGCCGCAAGUUCGAUUCCUGUUAGGACCUCGCUUCUGUUCAUGGUUAGGUCUAAUAAAUGUAUAUAAAUUUGCGCUUGAUUAUUUCCAUCAACAAUAAGGGUAUUUUGUUGACAAUUGAGACUUGAGGGUAUUUUGUUGAUAGUUGCAAGAAUUAACCAUAACGUUGACAAAUGUCUAAAGUUAAUUUUCGGUUAGCUCUAAAUUGUAUAUGUAUUAAAUCCAUCCAUAUGCAGUUACAUCGAACGAGAUGUUCAAAAAUCGUGAUAUUUACCUAUAAACUGGCAUGAACUCGUUGUAUGUACAAGAACUUGUACUUAAUGCUCGACGACUGGACUCUGUCUCUGUAGCUCAUUGUUCAGAGAGCUGCAGCGACAUCGCAGCACCUGAAGUAAGUUGGAACAUAGCUGGGACACUUAAUGUCAAACCUUUAUUUUAUUCAUUCAGAGCUUGAAAUGUCCCCUGUACAAUUAUACAUCUACAUUCAUUUGCCCCCAAAAUCUUGAUAUUUUGUCAAAGUAUGUGUUGAGGAAAAUUUGGCAAAAGAGACGAUGAAGUGAAUACUUACGAUAAAACUACUGUUUUUCAUUUUGUUUAGGACCCACAGUGUCGACUAGUCCACCCACAGUUUUGACUACACCAAGCAAGAAAGGUAAUGUUCUUUACCACGACAAUUGAGUAAACUACUUACAUAGCAAUGAAACAUCUAAUUAGCAUUCUUUAAGAUGUAUUUUCGCCAACUCUUUAAAUCUAUGGUUGUAAUCAAGCAAGGCAACAAUGUUAUCUUUGUAUACUGUAUUUGUUAGAAUAUUUCGCAUCGAUCGCCUAAAAAAGUUCGACCCGCUAGUAUGUUAUAAAUAGUGGUAAUUAGUUAGCUUAUUACACAUAUUAUUGUCAUGUAUGGCUAGUAAAAUCUGAUUGAGCCAUACAAGUGGGUUUUUUGUGUAAUAGGAAUUUAUUAUCCAACUCAAAGACCACCUUCAUCCUUCGAAUGUGUAUUUCCGACUCAGAGAUCUAUGGCUAUGUAGAUUGGAUAUUGAAGCAAAUUCUUAAACAGUCUCUUCCUUCGGCUUCGCUACGGACAUUCAUACUCGAGACCAAAAGGAGUUUGAUAAUAACUGAUUUCGUUAGAAUUGGAAUUGACAUUUCCAAUACAUGUUUAGGCUGCAUCAAAAAAUCUGGUGAAACAGUCAAGAUUGGAGAGGAAUACUCCGAAGGAAAUUGUAGCCGCUUAUGUGUUUGCACAUCAGACGGAAUACAAUGCCGAGCAAUGUGUCCGAUUAAGACUUUCAAUUUAUUGGACUGUAAAUUACCUUAUACGCUCAAGUUUAUUGUCAUUCCUGCUGGUCCUGAGAGACUUGCCUGUUUCUGCACGCGAGUUGACUGCGUACUCCCAGGUAUAGGCCAACAUUUGACGUUUGCUUCGCCAUCCCCAGUAACAAUUCAAGAAACAAAAGACACAUUCUAAACCAAAAAGUAACUGUUGAUUCGGCUUGAGAAUAGGAAAAUUACUUGACGGGGGUGUACCAUCCGAAACUGGCCUUGAGGGAGAACUAUUUUACUUUUCUUUGCGACGAGGAUCUCUUUAGGUUCGUCAGUGGGAAGGGGGCGUGCACCAAGGAAAAGGGACCUAAAUAGGAGGCAGUAAACAAAAAAAUUCAAAGCUGUAGGGGAAAGGGGUUUGUUGGGACCACCUCAGAGGCUCAAGAAUCUCUUGAUUUCUUGCAGUUUCAGACACAACUUUCUGAUGUACAGUAUUUCAUUCGCUAACCUGAGGUUUAGUCUCAGUUAUUCUUCCCUCUUUGCUCACAAGGGCCAACUUGUUCUGUUCUUUACACAAAGCUCUGCAUUCAUUUACUUAAACCCGACUACCGAACAAAAACAAGGUAGUGAGAUGAGACUUUAGUAUUUCUAACAUCAAAAAGUAGCUGCUCCUGCACUGUAAGUGCCCAAUAAUAACCUUUAUGCAUGUUUUACUGAAUCAAUCUCGGUAUUUCUCGUUCUUUGAAGAAAUAUCGUCCGUAUCUCUUAUGUACUUUUAACAUAACACCACAUUCACUUAUAAACAUUUGGUGAAAAUUUGGUCACUAUCGGAUUUAUGGUACUGUACCUAUAUUUUCUUACGUUAAUUUCUUACUUUUUCAGAAACACUUCCAACAACCAAACCUGAAGGUAUGUCAAGAAAUUCUUAAUAAUAAAAUUCAUGGCGCGAUAAUUACUCCGAAGGUUAUUGCCUUGUACUUGAGCUGCUUAGUCAGUCUCUCACUCAUUAGUGAGCGGAUUUCCCAACAGGCUACUGCGCAAUUGAUAGGAGAUCCGAGGUACCUACGAUUUUUAUGUCCUUAUCCAAGAAGACGCGGAAGUCGGUUGUGUACUUACUUGAAAAUAUGAGCUAGAACAAGGAGCGCAAAUGCAUGUACAAACACUACAAUCGACUCGAACAUUUGCCAAGACAUACCAGACUUAUAUAUACACACAGUACACUUACGCUUUCAAAUACAUUGGGCUUGGUAAGUAAGGUCUUAGCAGCAAAAAGGUAAGUACGCAUAUAGUGAGAGUAUUGCGUACCUGGAUGGUACGAGAUCAUACAGUUACAUUUUACAUUUUUGCAAAUUUUUCAAUUUGUGAUGAGAUAAAGGGCUCUAUAGCCAAGGCUAUGCACUUUCCGGAAGGAUCUAUUAUCGCACCUGAAAUUUAUUUUUUAGUUAACAAUGUCAAACAUCAGUUUUAGCUUUACUUGUUUUCUCCAAUAAACAAUAACUUAUAUUGAACUAUUCAUUUUAGUGUCAACCCCAUUGUCGACGUUGCAACCCGGAGGUUAGUUCUACUCCUAUUUAUUUUAUAUUUCAUUCUAAUCCAAGGUUCUCAGCCCCUUGGACAUCCUAGAUUUCUAUAUUUUAUUCUAAUCCAAGGUUCUUAGCCCCUUGGAAAUCCUACAUUUCUAAUUUAGUCUGGAAACUCCAGGAAAAGUUCUGGAUAUUCAAAGUGACUCCUGAAAAAGCCUGCAAAAGUGAACUUGUGCGAAAGUAUUAAACGUUCUGUUUUAGUACGACUGAUCAGAAUAAUUACAAAACUUUCUUGCCCAUAGCAUAUUGAUCUUUUUCGAUAGUCGUACUACUUUAUAGCGCUAUUAGAGUGAAAAACUUGUCGACUAUUGGCGAAAUUAUUUUUGUCAUAUUAUUUCAAAUGCAAGUAGAAAAGUUACGACAGAAAAAAGUUAUUGGGGCGUAGGAACCGGGGGGCACACCCCCCCCCCCCCCAUUUUUUCAAAGGACCCAAAGUGCCCUUUUUUGUGAUGAAAAGUGCCCUUUUUGUACAAGCUAAUGUCGCUGUAAAUACUAAAUUAACAUCAAAGGCCCUUUUUGUUUGGAAAUUUCGAUGUUUUUAAAAAACAAUUGGUCGAAAACGUGCAAUUUCGGUAUGGUAUGACGGGAAAAUUUUCCUUCCCCCCCCGCCCGGCUCCUACACUUCCAGGGAAAAUUUGUUUUUAGGUGCCCUUUUCAAUAUCCAAAAGUGCCCCUGAAGCCGGUGCCCUACCCCCGCCCCCCAGUCUUUUGAUGCUUCCUACGCCCCUGAUUGUAAGUCGUGUGUUUUUAAAGUGUACGAACCUGCUAACCAUUUGUUUAUUGUCUUUAGUUAUAUACCACAAUUCAUUUUAAUUCAUUUUCUAUAUAUUAAGUUAUUUAAUUAUAUUUUUUGUUUAUAUGUGUCCUGCAAACGUCUUUUUAGAACUCCCGGUUAUCAUAAGAAAUCAGAAAACCACUGAAAUUGUUCCAGCACGUAAGAAGCGGUACAAGACAGUUGUUGGUUCUUCAAUAUCAUCGCCUGCUUCCAUUGCUAUUACUAUCGUCUGUCAAGCAAAUGGUGUGCCAUCACCAACAAUUAAAUGGUCCCGAAAUGGUGUUGUUCUUGAGCGCAGCACCAAGACUGUUAAGAUUUUGAAAGGAGGACGUCUUCGAAUCAAGUCUUUAUCUGUCAAUGAGAUUGGACGCUAUGAGUGCACCGCGAGUAAUAUUUUAGGAAGUGAUAGCGCAAUAAGCAGGAUCAAUAUCAAGGGUAAGUUUGACUGAAAUUCGACAUUUAGUAUUUAUAGGAACAGAAAUCACUAGUUAAUAUACUAAAUGAAAGGGAAGAAACACAUGAAGAAAAGAACAGAUGUUCGGAUAGAAGGAAGGGAGAGAUGGAGAAUGAAGGAACCUAGGAAUGAAGUAGGGAAGGGGCGCGGGGAUGAUGGAUGAGGGGUGCACCAAGAAAGAUGGAUGAGGGGUGCAUCGGAACUAUAAUUUUCCAGGGUUCCCGUUUCAGCUAAAAAAGCAUGGCCGGAACUAGAACCUGUCUUCAUUAGGAAAAAAUAUAUAAAGUUCUUGCACUGAUAAACAUCGACCAAAUAUUUGAACAGAUCACAUAACUGACAUUUUAAUUACAUAGACAUGCUACCAUAGACACAUACAUAUUCCAACAUUUUAAGGGUGACAGCGGUCAUAUAAUCAUAAACGGUUAAAUAAGCUGAGUCCUGGUUCCGGGCGGAACUUAAAAUAUUGGUUCGGGUGCUCCUCUAAGACAGUCCGAUGGCUGGUGGAACGAAUGGACGGACUUCUAAAUUCAAUUCCACAGUAAUUUGAUAUUAUAGUCAUGUUUGUGUUUUCUUACAGUUCCUAUUCGAUACUUCCUUCCUAUCUUCUUUUUCAACCGCCUGGACAAGGAUGUCGUGAUAACGACGACAUUAAAAGCACCAUAUGGUAAUCUAUCUGUUGCGCCCAACGGCUCUUUCCGCUAUGUACUGCGUCCACUAAACCCUGGCCAUGUUUUAAUCCACGCUACUGAAAAGGACUCUGGGAAAAGACUUUUGGUUAACAAUAAAGAAACUGUUUCAUUGCGUACAAAUAGUUCACUUACUCGAUAUUGGCCUAUUGAUAUUACUGCAGGUAGGAUAGUGUCUCGUUAAAUUGCUAACUUAAUAUUAUACAGGAUUUUAGGUAUCUUAUUCAGGUAUCUGAUUUUAGGUAUCUUAUUCAGUAGAAUUAAUGAUGUAAUACCUCAUUAAAUUGUGGUAAUUAAAUUGCCUGAUUAUGAUCACGUGACAUGGAAUAAAAUGCUGAGCAUGCAAUAGAACACGUUCCAUUGCAGGCUCGGCCGUGCAAUAACGUCAACCAGACCAAUGUUGCUCAAAACACUUACUGUCUUUGUAACGACAAACCUUGUUUUACGACCAGCGACUGAAACAAAUUGGAGACGACCUACCUUAUUCUCAGAUUUUGGGAUUUACAACAUCGCGUAAUACAACUUACUGUUUACAGUUGAAACCAUAAUUCAACGUGAUAAGUAGGAUAAAUUAUAUCCGUGAUUUCUGCCAAUCUGUUGAUAUCACGUACAGUAUGUAUGCAAUAAGAGGAAACUCGCUAACUCAACGUUCCACCUCUGCUUAUGUAUGGGUCGAUAGCAAAACCUUUGCUUGCACGAAUUUUUUCGGCCGUCUGCUUGUUUUUCUUUACUUUCACCCUUUGCACGAUUUCUUAUUUUGUUUUCCUUUGCGCGAAUUUUUUUGGGAUCAAUUGAAGUAUACGACCCCCAUAAAUUAGUUCUCUAAAGAACUGCCUCGUUCUUUGAUGAACCCCUUUUAAUUUGCGAAAGACACUUUUAAUUCAUGAACUAGAUCAUUCACGAGCAAAAAUAAGUAGGAGUUCUUAAGGAACGAGGCAGUUCUUUGGAGAAGUAACUUAUGGGGGGGGGGGGUCGCAUACUUCAACUGAUCCUUUUUUUGUCCCUCCCCGCCAUCACCUUUCUACUGGUUCGCUCCCAAAGUCUGCUUGCUGCCCUUGUCGACAGAUCUUGGAAAUAUUUGGCCGUAAUAAUUUCUGCCUCUUCUGAAUUUAGCUGCACCUGAACAGUAUUACGUCUACCUGUAUGUUGAAAACAAGUUCGCCAAGGAUAUCAGGCUGGUUACUUCACUGACAAACUUUAGGAAUACAAUUAUUGAAGCUUCGAAGGGGAUUGCACUCCGUUUCCCUACCACAAGUCAAGCCGCAGUAACCAUCACUGCCUUCGAUUCAGCCACUGGUCAACAAAUCAAGAUCAACAAUCUGGACAGUAUGACUGUCAUUCCAUCUCGGCAAACUGCUACACCAAAGAUAUUGAGCAUUACAGCGCCAGGUAAGGUUUUACUAAAUAUUUGAAAUCACCGAAUAUUAUGUACUGCAAAAAAAUUUUGACUCAAACUUCAGUACAAUAAUACACCACCACUCGAAAUAAUGAGUAAAAUUACUCAAAUUUAUGAGCAAAUUUACUAAUUUUUCUUGUCAAAAUUUUGUAACAACAGAUCAAUAGUUUGUUUAACCUUGUUGCCGUAGUUGUAUCAACGCUUCUGUAAUUACGUAAGAUUUUCAAGAUUCCUCAUAGAAGAUUGGCAAACAUGUUGGUCAAAUUUAGCGAAAUAUUUCCCAUUCGCGCGGGCUCGUAUUGUCAGCGCACAACUUACACAAAAUGGCCAGUUCUAUCAUCUGGAAAAUGCGAGUCUGCGCUGCUGGGAGAAAAUUUCCUGAAUAUGACCAGCGUGAAAAUUUUUCGAGAGUGAAUUUGACAUACGGUACUACAAGGUGUCCUACAAAAAUGGUGUCCUAAAACAAAUGCAGGGUGUCCCAAAAAAAUGCGUCCUCUCUUGGGAAUUGUUUUUGCUGAUCCAUCUGCUGUGUGUUGUUUUGCAAAAUUGCAGUUGGUUGCCAGUUAUUCCAACAUAUUAAAACAUUUCAACAUAGUGUACGAAAAUGCAAAUAUGCAUCAACUUUCCUUUUCCUCUUCAAUCUUGGUUGGACAACAAUUUACACCUGAGGAAAGCACGUUUAUGGUGCUACUGUACCACAAAACAAGAGAGAGAGAGGGUAUAUUCGUUGAAAUUUAUAGCUAAAUGCUAUGAAUAUUUUUCUAUUGAAAAUAAUGUAUUUGAAAACUUACCUUUCAAUAACUUUUCCAAUAGCUGCCAUAAUUGCAAUAUUUUGACAAAUAAAAUACUGAGCAAUAAAUUAAACUUUUGUUAGGAUAUAAUAAUUAAUAGCUUGCUUCUCACUUAUAUUUACAGGUCUACUAACGAUGGCGGGAGGCAUUUUUGGGGAGAAACACUGUAUAUCUUGGUUUCCAACAUAUUACAUACGUUUUAGUAUUUUGAUAGGCUAUAUUUCUGUUUUUUAUUUAGGCCAACCUGUUUCUUACUGGUUCUACAUAGAGGCUACAAAUAACCAUCCUAGGGCGGUGGAGAUGGUUACGACGAUGCGUACACCCAAUAAUACAUUCGAUAUUACACCUGGCAAUAUAUUCAGAAUGACUGUUAGAACCAACAGCCCAAACUCUAUUAUGUUCCGUGUUUAUGAUAAGAGCAAUGGAUUCCCAGUUAUCAUCAAUGGAAAAUUCUCUGUUAGGUUAUCACCAACUCAAUCCCUACAGUCGGGUCCUCAACAGUUGUAUAUCGGAGGUACGUUCGUAAAGCAAUCAUAUCGCCACUGUAUAUUGAUAGAAUGACGCAAAUUGGCCAGUGAUUCUUAGUGGGAUACUAGUAACGUAGCUAGCCUUGAGCAAGAAAGCCUGGGCGUUGCCUGGCCUUUAUUUAGCGAAGGCCUGACCUGUACGAUCCUUGGCUUGUGCAUGCCGUUAGCUAAGCCUUGUGAUAAUGUUGUCACAAUUACCUUGCCCUGCCUGAUCUGAUCUGGCCUGAUCUUGGCUUGUCUCGCAGAACAGUGAUUGCAGUUUGAUUUUGUUAUUUAUGAAGACAAACCAGAAUCUCUUUACUUUGUGUCAGUCGUCAGAUCAAGCACAUUCUACCUUCGAGCUGAGAACUCCUGACACUUACGUAAACAGAGUCAGUCGACGACGCAAAUUGUUUUUAUGAGCCAGAAUGUGGCUGCCAGAGGGCAGAGUCCCCCCCCCCCCAUCAGGGCAAGGUGUUAGAUGGGUUAGGUGCCUCCGUUUAGGAGGGGUUAGAAUAGGCGGGGUGGGGUGAGGGGCAGAUUUUGAGAGUGCACCUGUAUGCAUCUUAAAAAUGACGAGACAUGCUUGUUUCCUAUAUUGUAAAGCAGCAUGCAGUACAUGCAUACGUAAGUUGUGUUUCUCUUUUUUUUCAUCUCUACAGCGCAACCAAAGAAAAAACUGUAUGUUUCCUAUUACAUCACGAACAAUUACGCAAAUCCAAUCAAUAUUAAGACCAACUCUUCUCAGCAUCCUGUACUUCCCUCUGUUCAGCCUGGUGGAACAACAAAAAUGCAGCUACCUUUAUCAGCAACUCUAGCCAUUCGAGUCUUUGAUGCUUUGACUGAUCAACCUCAAAGGAUCAACGGGCAGACAGUUGUGUAUAUAAAACCCACAGCAGAUGUGAAUUCUUAUGUUCGUUUGUAUGUUCCAUUCAGAAUCACAGGUAGGGAUUAUGUACAGUACACUUUAAAGACAAUACUUCGCAAUAGGCAAUUCCAGCUUUUAGUUUAUGCCUGCAGGGGAUGAUGGGAAGUAAGGUAUCAUAUUGCUGAUUUGCUGAAAAAUUUCAAUAAAAACUACCGAAACAACCGAAAUAUUACAAUAUUUACAAGUGUAAGCUAUCACUCCGUGUUUACACGGCCACCAUUUUUAUUUUUUCAGCAUAAUAAGCUAUGUGAUACCUUACUUCCCAUCGUCCACUGCACGCAUAAGCUAAAAGCUGGAAUUGCCUAUUGCCCUAUAUAUAGUGAAACAUAGAUGCCUGUAAAUGAAUUAUUGCUUGCAUCAACGUCUUUAUUUUUAAGGUGAUGUAAUGUAUGCAAAAAUAUGUUAAAUUAACAGUAUGUGUAUUAACCGUGCUUUUUCUGCCAUAAUAAUAUACAUAAAAAAAUAUUAAUCACUUGCUAAUCGCUGUGCAAUUUUAUCGAAAUACAAUGCCCAAAAAGAAAUUCAUUGCUGAGGAAAAGAUUUGCAUGGCAAGCUCAUAAACAAGUGCCAUUUUGAAUAACGUUUUGAUUGUUGAAAACCUGUCAAGUUGUUGAGCGCUAUUCAAAACGUCAAAUUAUACGCGUUCAAAACUAAUUCUUGCGUGUGCUUUUUUCUACAUUCAACUCAAAGCCAUAUUAAUACCUAUACAAACGAUUGCUUGUAAAGCUGUAAUCACUGGACGAACUUAUCGCCCGUAUUACCGUAUUACUUAGUAUCCGUAUUACCCUUUCUCACGAAGGCGAAAGUACCGCAAUUUUGGGGGUACUGUCUGCCCUCGUGAAAGAUUCUAGACAAUUCAAACAACGUGAAAAGCGACUUUUAAAAGUUCUAACUAUAAAUUUACCAUAAUACAAACAACAACAACUAUAAUACUAAAAAGUCGCAUUUCGUGACGCGGAAACUCUCAAACGUGGGUGAGGCAGUACCCCAAAAAUGGCGGGAAAAUCGGCCGUAAGAGGCUAAUUCCACAUUCACCAUUCUUGUAAAUGUCGAGUGUUGUAUUACUCCAAGAUUCCUCCUACAUUUUAAAUACUUAAAUUUUUUUCAAAAAAAUGCGGUAAUUGCCAUAAAUCCAUAAAAUUGCCCUCAAAAUCGAGCCAAAAUGUCCUUUAAAUUUUGCUGGAAAUUCCGAAAAAAAUCCCGGAAUACAAUGCAGGGAUUUUGAAAUGUCAAGAAUAUUUGAAGAAGCUAUUUUUCAGAGUGAAACACCCUCGGUGGCCAUAUUAUAUACCACGAACGUAUAAACAUCAUUAAUUAUAAAAAAAAUCAUCAUAUUAAUUGUAACAAUUUUGAUCGUUAUAGCCACUCAACCUCCUUCUGGUAAAAGAUACUACGUUGCGUUUAGCGUUAGAAAUAACAACCAACGAGAGAUCACAGUUCGAACAACCCUUGCUGAACCUUACCAACUGUUCCAUGUCCGACCUUCUGACACGUUUACAAUAAACGUAGCACAUGACAGCGCUCAACCUGUCGUUAUACAAGCUGUGGAUCGUACAACCGGCACUCCGAUUACACUGAAUGGCAAACAGUCGAUUACUCUCAUACCGCAAGCUACGCCCGCUGUGCCACAGCUCUACAGUGCUCCAAUUGAGUGUAAGUUGCAACUUAGUUUAUUAUUAAUUCACGUAUGCCGUAUAAUUGCGGGAGAACAGGAACGUAGCCAGGCCAAAACAAGGAGGGGGGUAUAAUCGUCGAAUACACAGAACAACUAGGGGGCCGGGGUCCCCCGGAAAGGUUUUCUAUUUUUAGGGUCUGCGAAACACUAUUUCAAUAAUUUUCGCUGGGCCGUAGCUCGACACGAUAAUUGAUGAUUCCCCUUAUUACGUUUUCGUAGCGCUUUGCAUUGUGGUUAUAGUGGUAUCACUGAUAAAGAUAGCGGCCUCGAAUGAAAAUAUUGAAUGUUUUCGCGAAUAUUUUGCUGUUGGCUAUCGUGCACCUGACCCUAGCUUUUUUAAAAGUUCUUGCACGGGUCGGGACAAAAAAUAAGCCAUCUUGAAUAUCAGUGAUACCACUAUAACCACAAUGCAAAGCGCUACGAAAACGUAAUAAGGAGAAUCAUCAAUUUGGGGGGGGGGGGUUAUAUUCAUAUAUUCAUGUUUAGAUACAGUAAAAACAAUCGUUUUCAAAAGAAAUCCGUCGGGCAGAACACGAAUAUACGAAUAUGCACCCCAUUUAUCCGUCUAGCUAUACGGCCCUACAUUUUAGACCUGUUUUACGAUAAAGUCGUGUACGGUGCCGGAAUUGAAAAAUUCGCCUUCCAGUUCAAGUAACUUUGCUUUAAGGUGUUAAUAGAGGUCAUAGAUAGCCUGCGAACGCACGCUCAUUGACUCAUCUUGGUUACAUAGACGCCUAAGAUAAGCUAAGCCAUGGCUUCCUGGUAUUGGGAUUGUAAAACUGUUGAUACGUAGGAUUUCUUUUCGCCUCAGACACGCCCCCGCCCGCCCAGUUUUUCCGCAGUUUUGGAAUAAUUACAGAAUUGGUCCUGUGGCUACGCCCGUGCGGAAGAAAAGGCCGGAAAGUAGCGGCUCCUCGAAAUACUGUCCUAUUGCUGAUAUGUUUGCUAUUUUCAAUAUUUAGAAAAUAAAGUUGAAGUAUACGCCCUCUAGUUGGGUAUUUGACAGAACAGAAAUAUAUGUCAAUAACGUUUAUUGCUCACUUCUUCAGAUCGACCGGUCUAUCGUGUCACAUUCACUUUGAGAAAUACCGGCAGCAAGACUGUCAUUCUCCGAUCAAAACUUUCUUCUCCGGACCAAAGCUUCCGGUUGGCACCUGGGCAAGUCUACACGCUUAAUAGAACCGUUCCAAACCAGCACGCAGUGUUCAUCCACGUACACGAUGCGGUCACGAAUCAACGAGCUUUUGUGAAUGGAAAAGCAUCCUUCGUCCUUUUCCCGAAAGUAUAUCUUGUACCUUACAAGCAAGGUAGGUUUUCAUACCUGACAUAAUCUCGUUCGGCGGAUCACCUGAAAAAUAUAGGCGGAACUACGACGUUUCGCUCGAAACAUUGAAGUUCGGCUCAUAUUUUUCAGGCAGUUGUAUCUCUCUUAAUCUUCAGCUGUCGAUGUAGUAUAAGUAAUAUAAACGUUUUGAAACGCAUUGUGAAAACGUUUAUGCAGUCGAACCUGUAUUAAGGUGGCUCUGUGCAGUUUUUUAAAAAUGGAAAAUUUUGCGAUUUAGCUAUAUCCGUGUUUCUGGACAAGUAUUAGGCCUAUCCUUGUUGAAAAAACAAGAUGUAGUAGAGUUUGAAUUUCUGCACACAGGUUUGACUAUAAUUAUGUUCUGUACGGUCAUGAACGCAAGUUGGGUAAAAUGUGUACGGGUGAGUUUUGAAAACUAUCAACAUUGCGCGAAUCCAUGGGACGAUGGAUUUUACUCGAGGUGUUUGAAAAACGUACAAGCGUGUGUACUGUAUGGUGUUUUCAGUCCUUCAUUCAAAAGUCCAUGAAAAAAGUAAAAUCACCCCCUUGUCAAGUAGACCGCACUUUUUCGCUUAAAAUCGUUCCUAGGGUCUUCUUGCUGAAAAGUGCGCUUAUUAGCCAAUCAAAAUGCGUAAAGCGCUAGGAAAUUUGCACCGUACUGUAUUUCCUUUCUGCGUUGUAUCUCCUUUUUCUGCAUUAUAUUUCCUCAAGAUUGCACUGCUGUCAGCCAAUCAGAAUUGAAAAUUUUUUUAUACACUAAAUACUUCGCGAUCGACAGAUUUUGGUUUGCAACUAGCAAUUUAUAUACUGUACGAGUAGCAAACGGCAUCCUUUAUUCUCAGAUUUUGUGAUUUACAACAUCGUGUCAUAUAAUUUACUAUUUAAUGUUGGAUCACGAUUUUUCUCAACUAUAGAAAUUGAUUUCGUGCAUUUUUUAAAAUAUUUUAGUUACGGGUGCACUGUAUCCUCUCCGUUUCUCGGUCGAAAAUAGAUAUAAUAAAAAAAUAUAUAUCAAAACAACGCUACCCAAGCCGUAUGAUGUGAUCACGUUCGAUCCCAAGCAGAAGAUAACAGUUUACGUGAACUCUUCAUCAACUAAAGUGGUUGAGGUUAAAGCAUACGACUUCCUUCAAAACACCGAGUUGCUACCCAUCAAUGGUCAAUUCAGUAUUCAGCUUACCCCUGGAGUCACCUCUUUAAUUCCUUUAGCUGUACCUUCAGCAGACUACAGUAAGUAAAAACAUUGAUUAUGUAUUUCCAGUGCUGUAAAAGUUCCGCAAUAUGAAACUAGUUACGAAGUUACAAAAAUUUUGCAACUAGUUACUAUAUAUAAUCACGAUAUUUUAUAAUACAAAACUUGCUGCGAUAAUUAUGUGAAACAUAUAUUAUAAUGCCGAGCAAUAGCAGGAGUUAGACUAUGGAUUGAGUUAUGUCAAUUGUCAACACGAAGUGAAUUACAGGAAACAGUUUAGCAUUGUAGUCUGAAAACUUAAAACCCUUGGCCCGGUUGUUCAAUGCUGGAUUAUGGUUAACUCUUGGUUCAAAUUUAAGCUGCUGUUUUGGUUUAUGUAUUUCUGCACGCCUUCUUAUUUCAAAACUUUAGAGAAGAAAACUCCUAUUGAUCCAGAGAAGAUUUUUGAAGAAAUGUUUCUAAAUUUCUGAACAAGCUGUUAGGAAGUUCACUUUGAAUUUUGGUAACCUAGAGUUAAGCUUUGAAUUUUGGUAACCUAGAGUUAAGCUUUGAAUUUUGGUAACCUAGAGUUAAGCUUUGAAUUUUGGUAACCUAGAGUUAAGCUGGCCCAGCUUUGAACAACCGGACCUGCGCAACAGAACUAGUUACCGUUACCUUUUAUCAUUUUUUUACUCAAAAUGUAACAAAUACAUGUAACUACCGCAGUUACUUGUAACGAAGUUACUCACAGCACUGCGUAUUUCUUAUUUAGUAUAAUCUGAAUCUGUAAUGUAGUGUGAUCAGCCCUUCUCACGCCUUGCGCCUAGACCUUAUCCCGUUGUCUGCCAUUUUUUGAGGGGCCAGCUGCAUGCACAGAGAAAUUAACGAUAGCAAGCGAAGAAGUUAAUUUAGGAAGUAAAAACAUAGUAUUAUUAUUUAUAAGUACUAUUUACUUCACUUAUCAUCGUUUACUGCAGCGCGGUUUGCCACCCAAAAAUGUCGGACAAGACCUGAUCGCAGGCUAAUUCAAUUGACUAUGUAUCUCUGAUUAACAAUUACAUUACUCGCUCUCGAUUUCUAUGAGGUGAUAGCUGUUGAGGGCGAAGCUUGAAUCAACUAUCACCUCGUAGAAAUCGAGAGCGAGUAGUCUAAUUGUUUUAGAACAAUCAGAGAUCAAACAUAACAUAUUCCACAAAAUAAUUCAAUAAAAAACGCGAUCCGGAAGCCUUUUUGAUGCGCUAGGAAAGUGAUUGUUUUGCCACUCCCUGUCUAUCCAGGAAUAGAUAGCGAGUAAAAUAGCCAAUCAAAUUACAGCAUUUGCAAUAGUAUACUACAGAGACGGAUUUUCAUAUUUUCGUUCGGGGCGGGGGGGGGGAUAAAUAUCUGGGGGUGCUGCUGCUUGCUUUGGCCGGGGCGUGGUGGAAACGCCCGGAAAGGCCAAGGAAAAAGUUUAACAAAAUUUGUUUUCUAGGCCUGCAUGGCGAGAUCUGAGACCAUAAUAUUGGUAAUUUUACAAAUUUAGUAGUAAGAAUAAUCAAAUAUGAAACUAUCAAUCAGUGAUUUGCGGGGGUGCAAAAACUUUUGGGGGCGGUGCCAAAUGCCUUUGGGGGGGGGUGUGCAAAUAACCCCCCAAUGCGCAAAUAACCCCCAAAUGCGCCCGCACCGCCCCGUGCCUGGUAUACUAGUAUGAUUCUACUAAUAUGGUGUAUUCCUUAUUUUAGCAACCUACUACUUCGUUUUGGGAGUGCACAACAAUUACGGAAGUGAUAUCAUACUUCGAAGCGCAUUGGAAUCACCCCACGAUUCAAUUCGUGUCCGUGCUGGCAAAUCUUUGACGUUGACGCUCCAAACAAGGCAAAACACUAGCGUGGUGUUCACCGUCAUUGACGCAGCUAACGGCAGAAGAGUGACGAUUAAUGGAAAAGCCAUGAUGAUACUUAAACCUACAAAAGUACCAGGCGCACCACAGGACCUUUAUUUCCCUGCAAAAGGUAUGCGAAAAAUAGCUUUGCGAGAAUAAUUUUGGACAAUCUGUCCAUGUUGAAUUUCGUUUUAUAGAUAUUUUUUUCAUUUUCUAACUUUGAAAUGAACCAUAUGUGUUUGCUUGCCAUAACAAAUAAACUAUAAGGCUCUAUGGUCGCUUUGUCCCCGUGAGAACAGUGAAUGUUUUUAAAACGUGUGCUUUAGAUGUCCAACGUGGCGAUUUUAAUAAUAAUAAUAAUAAUAAUAUUUAAUCAGGGGGUUCAUAUCACCAAAGGUAUUUUUCAUUGAAGCCCUGUGGAGAAUUACCUAAUAGAAUUAUCUGUGGAGAAUUACCAUGAGAAAUUUUAAGACUAAGAACAUGGAUACAGAUAGAACAAAUAUUUACACGAUUAAAAUAGUCAAUAUGAAAUUCUCUAUAAAAUCUGUUUCGAAAAAGUCCAAGUUUAUCAAUAAUUAUAAAUUUAGUUUAGUUUAAAGCCGAGAGUUUUCUUCUGAAGGCUUUGAGAUUCGUCCCAUUUUGAAGCGGCGACGCACGUUGUGACAGUUAAAUUAGAUUCUUAACGACUAGGCGAAUUGUUUGGUUUUUCUGGCCUAAAAUGGUCUGAUUAAGCAAACUGCAUGCAAAAUCAAUCACCGACGUUAUAAUCAAUCAAUUCGGUUCUCCGUCCCUUUAUCCGUGCAAGGUGUGGGCAUCCACGCGAUCUGUUACCCAGUUCAGUUGGUCGCUCGCGGUUUGUUUUCUAUGCAUUAAGAACAAGAUUUCUUAUUCAACCUUUGUUGACUUUCAGAUGUUUACUACGUUGCAUUUGGUGUGAAGAACAGCUAUGGCAAAAAUAUUUAUUUGACGACAAACAUGCCAGCACCUCAUAAUAUCAUCAAUAUUCCUAGAGAUCGACAGAUUCAAAGAACGGUCGUGCUACUUCACCAGAACUUGGUGAAUAUCCAUGCUUUUGACGCUGCUACUAAACAAUCCAUUAAAAUUGAUAAUCGAGAGUACAUCACCCUGACACCCAACCGAAGCAAACCAACUACCUUACGUGUAUACCACGUCCCAAGUGAAGG